AUGGCUGCUGCCGCGGAGGCUGGCGUCGCCGGUAGCAGCAAACCUGGAAGUAGCAGCGUUGCGGAACCCCCGAAUCUCGCCGGAAAAACCGGGCGGUCGGAGCGCGAUCGCGAUCGCGUGUACGACAUUCCCUGGGUGGAGAAGUACCGGCCACAGCGCGUGGAGGACAUAGUGGGCAAUGAAGACGCGGUUUCGAGACUCUGCGUCAUCGCACGCGAUGGCAACAUGCCGAAUCUAAUCUUCGCAGGCCCUCCUGGGACAGGGAAAACCACUAGCGUCCUGGCCUUAGCACAUGCACUGCUGGGUCCCAGCUACCGCGAUGCAGUGUUGGAGCUGAACGCGUCUGACGAUCGGGGCAUCGAUGUGGUUCGCAACAAGAUCAAGAUGUUCGCCCAGAAGAAAGUCACCCUGCCGCCCGGGCGGCACAAGAUCAUCCUAUUGGACGAGGCGGACAGCAUGACAGCAGGGGCGCAGCAGGCGUUGAGAAGAACAAUGGAAAUCUACUCCUCUACCACCAGAUUCGCCCUGGCAUGCAACGUGUCUUCCAAGAUCAUCGAACCCAUUCAGAGCCGCUGCGCCGUCGUGCGAUUCUCCCGGUUGACUGAUGCUCAAGUGCUGGCGAGGCUCAUGCUGGUGGUUCAAGAGGAAAAGGUGGCGUACGUUCCAGAGGGGUUGGAAGCGAUUGUGUUCACAGCAGAUGGGGACAUGAGGCAGGGACUGAACAACCUGCAGGCCACUGCCACUGGCUUCGGUCUGGUGAACGCUGAUAAUGUCUUCAGGGUGUGCGACCAGCCGCACCCACUGAAGGUGGCAGCAACAGUCAAAGCCUGUCUAUCGGGUAACAUUGACACUGCAUGCGAGGGCAUUCGGGACCUCUUUGCUCUGGGCUACGCUGCGUCUGACAUCAUCACGACUCUCUUCAGAAUAGUCAAGAACUACGAUAUGCCUGAGUUCUUAAAACUUGAGUUCAUCAGGCUUAAGGGCUACCAGGCUGCGGCUCCGGCCAACGCGACCGCUUCUGCUAAGGCGGCUGCCGCGCCUGCUAACGCGACUAAAUCUGGAAAUGCUACAAAAGUCGCUAACAGCGCGCAUGGAGUGGCUACGGCGAGGCUGAGCAAGGGCGCGGGCGAAGGAAAGAACUCCACAUGCGCCUACUACGGAAACUACAACGCCAACCCUUACUUCGGCAAGGGACUCACCGCGAAGAUUCCUGACGCGCUCUUCAGCAAGCGAUGCGGCGCGUGCUUCAAGGUGAUCUGCAGCAACGACACGAAGCGCUGCCGCAGCGGCAAGGCCACCGUCACCGUCCGCGUCGUCGGCGCCACCAAGUCGGAGGGGAAGCAGCUUUCGCUUUCCGCCGUCUCAUGGGCGAAAAUCGUGCAGGGUUCGGACGCCGCCCCUAUUAACAUCACGUACAAGCGCACCAACUGCCAUUCGACCGCCGGAUCGGCGGUGCGCGUGCGCAGCAACUCCACCGCGGAGCAUUUUAACAUUCAGAUGGUCGGCCUUGCCGGGCCCGGCACGCUUACCGAGGUAGAGCUUAGCGCGGAUGGCAAAAAGUGGGUGAAGCUGACCCGCGACGGAAACAAGGCGAUUUGGGGGAUCAAGGGCAAGGAGGCGAAGGCGGUUGUGGGCGCGAAGAAGGCUAUGAGCGUUCGCCUCACUGCGGGACACACCAGGGAGAAGAUCACCCUCGCGAAUGUCAUUCCCACCGCCUGGAAGCCUCAAACGCUCUACUCGUCCAAGACCAACUUCAAGAAACUCAUGGCUGAGGCCAAGUAG